AUGACAGACGAGGGCACAACUAUUAUCGACCCAGAUGGCGAAGUGAUCAUAGUAUUGGCAGAUGCAAACGCCCCUUUCGCGGUUUUGGAUAAAAAGGUGAGAUCUGGGAGCAGCACUGAGGGGCCAGAAAAGUCCGAACUUGCCACGCAGGAGUCUGAUGCAAAUCAAGAUGAAGGCCGGAAAUGCUAUCGCAUCCAAGUAUCCGCGAAACAUCUAGCGUUAGCUUCUCCUGUGUUCAAGAAAACUUUACACGGCGGUUGGAAGGAAUCCUUGACUUUUCUCGAAAAGGGCUGCGUAGAGAUCACAGUUCACAGCUGGGAUCUUGAGGCCUUUUUGAUCCUCAUGUACCUUGUCCAUUGCCGAUAUCGAAAUCUGCCUGACGAAAUUAACAUUGAGCUACUUGCUAAGCUUGCUAUUUUGGUUGACUUUUAUGAUUGCAAGGACGUGGCGGUUUUCAUUAAAAAGAAAUUGGCCAUCUGUAUGGAAAAUCUCCCUGCGACAAACCCACGAGAUGUAAUGAUGUCGAUCUGGAUAUCAUGGGUUUUUGAAAUGUCCCAACAAUUUACAGAAUCAACCUCCCUUAUGAUGUCAGUAAGUAUGGGCCAAAUUAAAAAUUUGGGCCUCCCAAUUCCAUCAAAGAUUCUGGGUGGGCUAUUCUAA